CUUAAAAAGAGAAACGCAGCUGAACAUGAAAAACAGCCCUGCUGGGUCAGAGCAAAGUCCUCCUGGUUUUGCGUCCCGUCUCCUACAGCGACGGGCCAGAUGUCUCCCGGAAGCCCACGACCAAGGUACGAAGGCAAACGCCCUCGAUUGCUGUUGCACGCUUCCAAGGGCUGCAAUUUGCAGAUACACUGCCCCUGAACACGGAGCUUUAAAAGGCCUCCUUUUUCCUUCAAGGAAAAUAAAUCCCUGGGGUUGGGAGGAUAUUAAUUUUAGGGCGGCAGCUCUGCCAUAUCUGCCUUUCCAUACCGAUCCUCAGUGUCCCACAUCCACUGAGUUAAUUUAUUUCCGUGCCCUAGCACAGGAUGCCGCUCGAUCCUAACUUGUAGCCUUCCCAACAACACCUCCCCCCCCCACCGCGGGCUUUCUUAUCCCACCUCUGGAGCCCGCGCCCUCCCUCUCUCCCAACAGCUUUGCAAUCGCUUCUCCUCCAGGGACGGGAACCUCGGUUGGCACCUUCGCUGUGACUCACGCGUGUUUCCCGCACCUUCCUCGCUCACAGGAACGUGGAAGCGUGAGAGUGGGGCGAGGAUGAUGGGCUGAUUGUGACGCACAGAGCUGGGGGAUGGGUGGAGGGAGGCUCUCCGCAGUGGCGUGAGCUUCCCCAAAAACGGUGACCCGAAGACGAGUUCGCAGUUGGUACUUCUCUGUGUACGUGUGAAUGCCGCAGCCCGUGAUUAGAGAGAGGACAGUGUCCCAUCCUGCUGCUUGAAUAUUUCUCCACGCACAGAAAAUAGUGGGGGAGAUAAUGUUGCCCUCCUCUUAUUUCCUGGAAUGGAGCCUUUUCGGACUUACUGAUAAGUCCCCCUUAUCAGUAAGCUUGCCUAAUCUUGAGGUUAAUUUUGUAAGACUGAAGUUUCCAAGGCAGCUGGAGGAGGUGGUUUAACCUCCACAGUUUGCAGCGGAGGGAGGAGAAUCUACCCCGGAAGCGGAGGCGGGAAGGGAAAAUCCGUGGGUUUUCAGUCCCUCCUCCUCCUCCUCUCCUCCCCCUUCGCGAGCCCCGGCUUGUGUCACUGGCUCUGACGACAGCAUCCUCCCCCGCAUCCCGUCGCCAUGGCAGCCUUUUGUUACCUCCAACGCUUGAGUGGUCCAGGAGGGGAGGGGGCUGGCAAGGGUGGUAUAUAGGCAAUGCUGGGGGGGAGCCAGGGAAGGAAACUCCUGAUCCCCACCCAGAAGGAAAGAGGCGCUGGGAGAGAAGAAGCAAGGCCGAGGAGGGAGAAAAAUCUAUAUAGAGAUAUAUAGUAUUUAUUAAAAUAGAUUAUAGAUACACCUGUAAAGAGAGAUCUGUUUGGAAGCAGAGAAGAAGGGGAUUACGAGAUCGAUCGGAAACAGAGACAUUCAGACGUCUUCUCGCCUGUUAGCCUCCUUCCUCAAAACCAUUUAGGUGGGCCAGAGGGUUUCUUUCGUGGGGAGAGUUUUUGAGAGCUGUUCUCAGAGCUUCCAUUGAAAGACAGCACUGCCUGGUAAUUAAAAAAAACAUACAUUUCCUUUUUCAAAGUUUGGGGUUGUUUGGAGUAGAGGGGACAACUGAUUUUGGUGUUGCUAUUUGUGCAGAAGGGUCAUGAUUUCUGAAGUUGAGUGGGUGCGGAGGGAAGGUCGAAUGGCAGCUGGGGAUGUUCUUAGAUGUGUUUAUUUGAAUAGCAGGAGCGGUUGGGGACUUUGAGGCAAAUAAUUUGGGGUACUGAGAGGAGGAGCACAUGGGAUCAGCUUUGGUGAUGACAUAGGAGCAAGAUAAAUGUAAGAUUUAAAGUGAGUCGAGCCACAAUAACUACCACACCCUUAUCGAGAGGCAUGACUCCACACACACAAGCACAGGGUGGCUGUGCUAUGCUCUCCAAUAUGAUUCUGAAGGAUGGGCUGGACUGAGGACUAACAUUUGCAGGGAAUGGUAUUGACAUAAUCAGUGUUAGAUGCUGCAAUGCUUAAUUGCAAAAUCAAUAUUAGGUACCUUUAUUGGGCCAGCAAAAGACAAUGAUCACAAAAUAGGGUGCUAGCAUUCAAAUUUUCCAGAACUCUUAAACAGUUUAGGUAUUAAACAGUGGAGGGGUGGAGGUUUGCUAGUGGUAAAGCCACCCAUGUCUGCCUGUGUUAGCUAAAAGAGUUAAAACACUGGGCUAAGGGAUUAGAUACACACAUGGAAAUUGUGCAUUUUAUGGGGUGCAGAGCCAGAGGUUAAGGGCCCAGGGAUGUGGGUUUAUUGGUGGCAGGCAAUAGGGAGAGGGGGCUAGAGGUUUAUGCAUUUUGAGGUUUGAAAGGAAUGUGAUUCAGUAUCACAGUCAUGUCUAAAAACAAAGGAGGUUGAGAAUGAGAGAUUUUUAGGUGAGUGGACCUCAUAGGAUGAAGAGAUAAAAUAGAUGGAGACUGUCAUCCAAAGUGAGGAUCCCUCAAGAGCUAUUCAGACUGGACUCGUGUUACAUCUAAACAGGGAGCAAAGCUGGUUGUAGGGGGGAACUCACAAGUUCAGUGAAGAGGAAGCAGGCAUAGAACACAUUCUGCUUGUUAAUUCAAAAGACCUUCUUACCAUUUUCCCUCAGCAUUAACACACAAACACACGACCUGCUACCUAAGAAGAUGGAAGCAUGAGGGGGAGGGGGGUAGCCUUUCAAAAUCCAGGAUUUCUCUUGAUUUUGAUCAUUGAAGAUCAGUUUAAAGCACGAGUUCCAACUGAUCUGUGUUAAAAGAUCUUGAGUAUAUGCCCUCCCUGGACCCAUAUCCUCAUCUAGUUUUCAGGGGUAGUGGCAUCUGAAAGCACCCCACAAGAACGGUUGAAUGAACUCUGCUUAAGUUAGGAAGUGAAAUAGAACGAGAACCUCUCUGUGUGAGUUAAAGUAAAUUCGAGUGACAAGUUAUAAUUGUGCUUGGUGGCAUAUCUGAACUGACUAUGUGUUGAGCCUGAUUAAUAGGAAAAUGAGUAUAUGUUUGAAUUCCCCAGCAAGACCCAGCAUUAUUCUCCAGGAUGUAGCAUUCCAAAUGGACCCACUACAAUCCUUGCAGAAUGCAUCAAUGAAGCAUUUUGUAUACUCACAGCCUAGUAGACCUUGUGAUGUCAAAUAUAUGUUGCCCAGACAUCUCAAAUUUCAGGACAAACCAGAAAUAUCUAGUUAGGACCACACUGCCCUGCUAUUUUUUUUAAUUUUUAUUUACUGAGGGAGUGGUCUUUUAGUUGGAUCUUAGCAGUAGUUACUGUGGAGGUGAGAUGGGGCCAGAUUGUUGAAUGAGAGGAUGAACAUUGGGGGGAGAAGCAAAAACUAUGGGGGAUUAUUACAAACAUGCCCCACCUCCUAUACAGGAGGAGGGAACCUCUGAUGCAAAACUGUCACCCUCCCUUUGCACCAAUAAUCAUUGAGUAUGAGUCACGCUUUGAGCCCAUGGCUGUGAUGGCAAAGAGGGUGGGGCGCAGAUAGCCAAUUAGGAAUGGGCAUGGGUUAGGCAGGGUGGGUCGAAUGGGGAGGGGCUGGUAAAGAGUCCGCUGGCCCUUUAAGAAGCUGUCCACUCCUACUCCCUAUUCCUCCAUUUUCCCACCAUCGUCGCAUCAUUCCUGCAGCAUCACAGUAUUUAGCUCCUUCCCUUUCUCCCUCCCCACAACCUAACCCUGAGAUGAGAACAGCAACUACUACGGAAUGACCGAGGUAGGUAGGCUAUUGGGAGACAUUUGGCUUUGCACGGAAGCAGAACUCUUUGAUCUCUCUCCCUCCACAUCCCCAUCUUUGCAUCCCGUUCACUCCCUUUGCUCCCCUUAUCACCUCACUUUGCUCUGUCUGCUCAUCCACCCACCUUUCUCUCCUGUUUCACAGCGCCACAAAUAACCUAUCCAUCUCUUCCACCUGCUUAAAAAAAAUGCAAGUUCAUUUCCCACCUCUGUCUCACCCCACGCCUCCCCAAAUCCCAUGCUUGUUCCUGUAUUUGUUAGAAUAGGGGGGAUAGCAGAAAAGGAGGAGGCAGAAUCAGGGCAUGAGGACUUUUGCUCUCUGGGAGCGUGCCAAACUCUCAGUAGCAGCUGCUCUAAUGGAAUCAUGCAUCUUUUAACUUGUUUGUUUGUUUAAGUGCACCAGUUUUUUGAACUUUAUCACCUCUUUCUUCUCCCUUAGCUGUUAUGUACGCUGAACCAUCCGCCAUGAAUUUCCGGAACCACGGCUUCUUCCGCCGUUCUCCGCCUCCUUCCGUGGCCAAGCCUGCCCCUGCUGCUGGGAACACUCUGUCCGUCUUAGGAGGCAUCGCUCAGAUCUCCCCUUGCCUCUACCUCUCCUCCGGCAAUGCUGCGUCCAACAGGCACAUGGUCUACUCCAGGGCAGUGACUUGUGUCGUGAACGCCACCAUGGAAAUCCCCAAUGCCAACUGGCCAGAUAUUGACUACGUCAAGGUGCCUGUCCCCGACCUCCCUCACGCUCCGCUGUCCUUGUACUUUGACUCUGUGGCCGACAGGAUACACCAGACGGGGAAGAAGAAUGGAAGAACCCUUGUCCAUUGUGUGGCAGGGGUCAGUAGAUCCGCCUCCCUCUGCAUCGCCUACUUGAUGAAAUACCACCGGUUGAGUCUCUUGGAUGCCCACGAGUGGGUGAAGAGCAGGCGACCCGUCGUAAGGCCCAAUGUCGGCUUCUGGAGACAACUCAUUGAGUACGAACGCAAGCUGUUUGGCAAGAACACCGUCAAGAUGGUACCGUCACCCAUUGGCUUGGUCCCAGAUAUCUAUGAGAAAGAGACCCGGGGGCUGGUCCCCCUGUGGAACUUAAGAUAGACGCUGGGCAACUUUGGGAAUGUGGUUAGGUGAUGCGGGCUGCUUGAAUUUAGGAUCAAAAUGUUCCACCAUGUUCAGACCACUACUAAGAACUUCCGGCAUGGUGGACUUUGGUAAGAAAAUGCUGUUACGAUAGUCUUUUUUUGUGAGACCUUGCAAUAUGAUUCGAUCAAGAAAAAGACCUUGAGUUGCUUGGCCAUUUCAGUGUGAUUGACUGGUUCCACCAUGUCAAAAUGUUACUAAGAACUUAUAUAGUUUUGCUUGUAUUAAGAGAAGAUGGUUAAUAGCAGAAUAUAGGCAGUAAAUAUAUUUAUCUAAAGCAGAGCUUCGAGAUCUGAAUAAAUUGGCCCUCCCUUUGUGAGGAGGAAAGGGAGAAAAAUAAUUUAUUGAAGACAGCUUCAGAAUUACUUCCCGGCAGUAGGGCCUGGGUUUACUUUGGUUUUAACAAACACAAUAAACUUCCCCCCCAGAGAGUGAAAUCUUAGCAGUAAUGACAGGCAUUAAUGUUAACAUUGCUCCCAAGGCACACAUUGUUUAAGGACUGCUUUGCCAAUAAGGAGGCAGAAGUGAAGAAGCUGAAGAUGAUCGAACUUCCAAGGGCAGCUGGUACAUUUCAGCUCCAGAAAACAGAGGGAGUCUUCAGUACAAUAAUUUUCACUGUGCAGGCUACAACCCAGCAGCCCAUGGGUAUAAAGAAUACUGCUGUUUCAGUAUAAUACUGUUCCAACCCAGGAAAAUCCACUCGUGUGGGGAACAGAGGAUUAAUGCUCAUAUUACCCCAGUACAGGGCUAACCGUGGAGGGCCAAAAGCACAAAGAAAGGUAAAUUGUCCAGUAGGGAGGGGACAAAGUAAAAAACUAUAUCUAUUUCUGACACUGGGGAAUUACCCUUCAGCAUUAAAAGCCUGUUACCUCGCUUCCUCAGGAAUAAUGAACAAUAUGGUGGGGCUCUGGCAUUGUGUGGGAAAGGGCAAACCAUUUUCUAAUCACAAGUUGAGGGCAACGUUUUCUGGACAAAAAAUCCCUCUCAGUAGAAUGUGUGCAUGUGUUUUUAAAAGCUUUUAAUGCCACAGAGAGGACAAAAUGAUAGGAUAACAAUAGUUAUGGGGGUAAUUUUAACAUCUGAGGAGAUGGAUCCGCAGUUAAGUAUGCUAGUGAAGGGGAACUGGGGUCUAUUUGAAGAUUUUCUGACUAUACCAGAGAGUGAAAGGUGGAGGUGAAUCCAGAGUCAAGUGUGUGUUCAGUUAAAAUUCAGCCGUUUUAUUUCAAAUUAAUUUGAAAGUCGGGAACAGCUUGGGAUGUUCAAGGCCUAGAGUUACCCAAACUACAAUAAGGAGCUGUGAGGUAGCGGGGAGUAAAAUAUUCCAAAUGGAAUAGGUUUUAGAAGUUACAUAGGGUGUUCUGCCAUAUAAAUUAGCUUUGGAGGUACAGGUUUCCAAGUGCUUUAAAGAAAUUAUUGGAAAGCACAAAUUUUGUCAUUUUAAAUCUUUACCAAAUAAGGAUGUUCCAGAUAGAGAGACCCCCUUUAAAGAAGUUUCCGUAGCAAAAAGUUAUUGCCCUGUUGGAUGGAUGAGCUUAACACUCAGCAACCCCUUGGUUGUUGUUUCGUUUCUAUUAGUACUGGUUUUUAUUAUUGUAAAAGGUGUGGUUAACUAGGACUUCCACAGCAGUGCUUUUCUCUCCAGAACAAGGAACUUAUUUCACCCUCACUUUUGGAAGUUUUAGCCUGCACUGACUUUUCAGAGCGAUUCCCCCCCAGAACCUUACCUGUCAGUCAAGCCUGGCUAGAAAGUUCUAGAAGCUCAUAGCUAAAGUAGGCCUGUGUGGUAUCUGAGAAAAGGAUCGCUUGCUGGCUGAAUAUUUCAAGGCUAAUUUAUAAAGUGUGUAUGUGUGUGGAGGUGGGGUUUUUGAAUUCCUCUGUUCUCACUGCAAAAUUUCUACUACAUUCAAAAUGUCUUGAAGCAUAGAUAAGCAACUGGCAACUCAGGACCCUCUCUCAUAUUUGAAGGUGGACGACUGCCCCACACAUACGAUACUCACCAUGAAUAAAUUGAAGUGGACAGUGUAUUCAUUUGUGUCCACAUUGUCAUCUAUUAUAGACAGUGUUAAUGAAAAUGUAGAAGUGUAAUUCUUUUGGUUAAGGAAUUCUAAACAUAUACAUGACAUAUUAGGUUUUCUCUUGUAGACUAAUGCUAGUACGGUGGUUCCUUAUGUCAAACCUCUUAGCAGCUGAACAUUCAUCUAUUGAAAAGACUGAGGGAAAACUACGUUGCUUUUGAGCAAAACUCAAACACCCUUCACUCUAUGUUUUCAAGUAUAGGUGUCAAAGCCCAAAGGUUUGGGCUAUUUAAGGAUAGUCUUGCAUGAAAGAGGAAGGAUUUUGAGCUGAAAGUGACAUCUGGAAAGAUAACUUUUUACCCAUACAACUACAUAUUCCUGCUUCAAAAUUAGACACUGAACCCCCAAGUUAGAGAAGAGCAUUUAAAUCUCCCCAAAGGCCUGGCAUCUUAAUAGGUGAAUUAACACAAAAGAAAGAGUCCUAUCUUCUAAGACUGAACACAGGACUGGUCAAUGUAGAGACAUCUAGCAUAUAUUGUCCUCCGAAAGUAUCUCUGAAUUGGGCUCAGAAACAGAACUACUGCUGUCUGAGGAGGAAAUUGUCACAGAGGAUGGAACAUAAGCUGGUCUUCCUUUCAAGUGGUGAAUAUGUACAUAAAACCUCUGCAGUUCUGUAUACUUUGUAAAUACUAGAGGAUUAAAAGAAAAAAUAUCUAUAUUAAUUAAAGUUAGGGUUUCUUAUUGCUUCAGUUCAAUGACAAAAGAUCUUAAUAAAUAUAAAAAUGUAAAUG